UGGAGGUCCUGGGUGGCGGGAGAGUGAGGAGGUGAGAGCUCUGUGGAUCGCGCUUUGGUGCCUGAACCUGAACCUCACAACAGUGCUUUAAGGCAAUCAGCCCAAGAGUGGACCAAGCACACCAGUAAAGAGAAGCGGCGAAUGGUUUCAGUAUCCCCAGGCGCCUCAACAAUAAGCCACCGGUUAGGGAGGAAGUUGACUUCCUUGGUGGUGUUCCCAGGCUGCGGACCCCGCGCCUGUCACUCGCGCACUGGCUAGGGCAGAGGGGCGACGGAGACCCGCGGGCAGGGGCCGCAAGCCGCCUGAUUGACAGCCCGAAAUCUGAUCUUGUGAAAGAGACGCGGAGCCAAUGGGAGGCAGCGAUCCAUCAGUUUGGCUUGGAGGCCCCUGGAGGAGAAGUAGAGGAAAAACCACCGAAUUGAGCUCUGUCAGAGGCGCUUUCGGCUUCCAAGGGGAAGUGCUGGGCAAUAAUUAAUGUUUUUAUUAAAUUUGGAGGGAAUUUUUUGCAGCCGUUCGCCUAGCGUGGCCUUCAGUCCCGUUAGGUGCAAAGCAAGUCUCGUUGAUCGCCAUUGCUAGUUUUGCACACGUUUGCGAAUCUGAGCUGCCUGGGGUACACCGACCGCGCAGGGAAACAUCGAGAGUGUAAAUAAAUACAUCGCCUCUUGCACGGAUUUUUGUUACUACCGAAAAUAUGUAAAUUGUGAACUCUCUCGGAUCCAGGUUGAUAGAAGUCCAGAUCCCGAAGAAAUCUGCAGCUAAAUGCUCAAAAUAUAAAGUACUGAGCUGAGAUUUGCGAAGAGCAGCAGAAUGGAUGGAUUUUAUGACCAGCAAGUGCCUUACAUGGUCACCAAUAGUCAGCGUGGGAGAAAUUGUAACGAGAAACCAACAAAUGUCAGGAAAAGAAAAUUCAUUAACAGAGAUCUGGCUCAUGACUCAGAAGAACUCUUUCAAGAUCUAAGUCAAUUACAGGAAACAUGGCUUGCAGAAGCUCAGGUACCUGACAAUGAUGAGCAGUUUGUGCCAGACUAUCAGGCUGAAAGUUUGGCUUUUCAUGGCCUGCCACUGAAAAUCAAGAAAGAACCCCACAGUCCAUGUUCAGAACUCGGCUCUGCCUGCAGUCAAGAACAGCCCUUUAAAUUCAGUUAUGGAGAAAAGUGCCUGUACAAUGUCAGUGCCUAUGAUCAGAAGCCACAAGUGGGAAUGAGGCCCUCCAACCCCCCCACACCAUCCAGUACUCCAGUGUCGCCGCUACACCAUGCAUCUCCCAACUCAACUCACACUCCGAAACCUGAGCGGGCCUUCCCCGCUCACCUCCCCCCAUCGCAGUCCAUACCAGAGAGCAGCUUCCCCAUGGACCACAGAUUUCGCCGCCAGCUCUCUGAACCUUGUAAUUCCUUUCCUCCUUUGCCAACAAUGCCAAGGGAAGGACGUCCUAUGUACCAACGCCAGAUGUCUGAGCCAAACAUUCCCUUCCCACCACAAGGCUUUAAGCAGGAGUACCACGACCCCGUGUAUGAACACAACACCAUGGUUGGCGGUGCAGCCAGCCAGAGCUUCCCCCCUCCUCUGAUGAUUAAACAGGAACCCAGAGAUUUUGCAUAUGACUCAGAAGUGCCUAGCUGCCACUCCAUUUACAUGAGGCAAGAAGGCUUCCUGGCUCAUCCCAGCAGAACAGAAGGCUGUAUGUUUGAAAAGGGCCCAAGGCAGUUUUAUGAUGACACCUGUGUUGUCCCAGAAAAGUUUGAUGGGGACAUCAAACAGGAACCAGGAAUGUACCGGGAAGGACCGACAUACCAGCGGCGGGGAUCGCUUCAGCUCUGGCAGUUUUUGGUAGCUCUUCUGGAUGACCCUUCAAAUUCUCAUUUCAUUGCCUGGACUGGUCGAGGCAUGGAAUUUAAAUUGAUUGAGCCUGAAGAGGUGGCCCGGCGUUGGGGCAUUCAGAAAAACAGGCCAGCUAUGAACUAUGAUAAACUCAGCCGUUCUCUCCGCUAUUACUAUGAGAAGGGAAUUAUGCAAAAGGUGGCUGGAGAGAGAUAUGUCUACAAAUUCGUGUGCGAUCCAGAAGCCCUUUUCUCCAUGGCCUUUCCCGAUAAUCAGCGCCCGCUGCUGAAGACAGACAUGGAACGUCACAUCAACGAGGAGGACACGGUGCCUCUGUCUCACUUUGAUGAGAGCAUGGCCUACAUGCCCGAAGGGGGCUGCUGCAACCCCCACCCCUACAAUGAAGGCUACGUGUAUUAACGCCAGAGACAGUCCAGCAGGGCGUCCUUGGGCUUUUCCUUUUUUUGCAAGAUACAGAGAAUUGCCGAAUUCUCUUCAAUCUUUGUUUUAUUUUUGUUGUUUGUAUUUUAUUUUUAAAUAAUAAUACACAAAAGGGGCUUUUCCUGUUGCAUUAUUCUAUGGUCUGCCAUGGACUGCGCACUUUAUUUGAGGGUGGUGGGAGUAAUCUAAACGUUUAUUCUGUGUAACAGGAAAGAUAAUGGGUGAGUGGGCAGAUGGAUUUAGGGAUUACUUUUACUUAAGCUUGGGGUAGGGUCCUACAGGUUUUAAGUAUGACAAAGCUAGAUCAUGUCUAUUUGAUUUCAUACAACAUAAGAUAAUGUUUAUUUUCUUUGGGUAUCUAUGGUACAGUUAAUUUUGAAUUGUGUAAAUAUCCACUGCUUGGAGACUAUUUGCCUUGGGCAUUUUCCCCCAUCGUUUCUGAGUCUCUGCAGGUGUACAAAGAAAACCCAAUCUACUGUAAAUGGCAGUUUAAUUGUUAGAAAUGACUGUUUUUGCACCUCUUGUAAAAAGGUAUUUAGCGAUUGCAUUUCUGUUUUGUUUUGCUUUAUAUAUGACUCACAGAGGAUAACCAUAAAAUGGGUAAUUCUCUCUGAAGUUGAACAAUCACCAUGACUGUAAAUGAGGGGCACAAUUUUGGACUCUGGCUCCAAACGGAGUCAUAGGCCAGUAGCAUUGUAUGUAUGGUGCCACCUUGCUGUUUAGAUACAAAUCAUACCGUCUUUUAAAUAUUUUGAAGCCCAUUUCGGUUAAAUAAUGACAUGUCAUGGUCCUUUGGAAUAUUCAUUUAAAUCUGGACUCACAAUGAAUCAAAAAUCUGUCUCCUUUUCACUUCCUUCAGUACAUAAAUACAUUAUUUAAUCAAUAAGAAUUAACUGUACUAAAUCACAUAUUAUGCUGUUCUAGUUACAGCAAGCACUCUUUAAGAAAAAUAUCCAAUACACUAAAUAGGUACUAUAGUAAUUUUUAGACAUGGUACCCAUUGAUAUGCAUUUAAACCUUUUACUGCUGUGUUAUGUUGAUAACAUAUAUAAAUAUUAGAUAAUGCUAAUGCUUUUGCUGCUGUCUUUUCUGUAAUAUUCUCUUUCAUGCUGAAUUUACUAUGACCAUUUAUAAGCAAUGCAGUUAACUACAGAUAGCAUUUCAGGACAAAAUAGAUGAGUCAAACCAUUUAUUGCUUAAAAAAUAGCUUAUGCCAUGCUAUGCUCUAAGCAGCUUUUAUGCACAUUGACAAAUGAAGAGUAAGCUUCAGCUUGCUAAGGACAACUGUGGAAACUUUUGUAACUUUUGGUGAAAUGGAAAAUUAUUUACAAACUGUUGAAGAAUUUGAGGAAGUUGCCAUAUGACAUAGUGCUGGCACUGAUGCUAUCCAUCAUCUCAUUUUGGACACUCCUGUAAAUGUGAUUGGAUUGUUUGAAAGAAGAUUUAAAGAUUGAAAGUUGCAAAGUUUUUUGUUUUGUUUUGUGUUUUUUUUUUUUUUUGCAUAUGGAGAAAAUACUGAAAGCAGGAUAUGUUGUUCUACACUUACCUAGAAAAAAUAAAAUAAGUAAAUGCUAUUAUGAUAUCUCUAAAUAGCAUGUUAAAAGAUUCCAGCCAGGAACAUGAAUUUUUUCCAUCUGUCAAUAUCGUAAAGGAACAACCAUUUUUUUUUUAAGAGUCUA